AUGGCAAAAGCUGAACCUUGGGUUGGAACCUGGAGGCCCCACAAGCCAAGAGGGCCCAUAGCUGCCCUCUAUGGUAGCCCAGGCCCCAAAUAUGCAUUGCCUGGACUCACAGGUAUUUCAAAGCAUGACCCUACUAGAUACAAGGCGCCAAUGUUCAGCUUUGGGACACGUCAUAACCAGGCCAAUUCUGAUUGCUCCCCGGGACCAAGAUACCUCAUCCCCUCCAACAUCACCAGAGUGGGCCAAGACGGCACUCCUGCAUUUUCACUCCACAGCCGUCCAAGGGAGCCUGAAUUGUUCCAGGCCCCUGGACCAGGCCACUACUUCCCAGAGCAUUCAGGAAAGUUGAUUUUCCACUCUGCUCCUGCUUACUCUCUGUCUGGGAGGAGCAAAGACACCAGCAUUAACCAAACACCAGGUCCAGCCUCGUACAGUCUGCCCCCUGUGUUGGGGCCCAAAACUGUGGUCACAUCUGCAGCUCCUACCUACUCACUCCGUGGCCGCAGCCAAAUUGGAAGCUUCUAUGAGGAUGUGAAGAAAACUCCUGGCCCUGCCACCUACAGAGUUGUGGACCCUUGUAUUUACAGGCAGAAACCUCCCCAGUACAGCAUGACAGGUCGAAACUUUGCUCCCAGUGAUACCACAAAGAAACCAGGGCCUGGUGCACACCAUCCUGAGCUGGUGACCGCCACAAGAGCAAAAGGUCCAAGCUUCUCCUUUGGAUUGCGUCACUCAGAUUAUAUCUCACCUCUUAUUGUCGAUGUGGCUGAAUGA